AUUCAAGAGUAAACAACAUACAAAAUGGAAGGAAACAACGAAGAAAGUUUUAUAGAUUUAUUCUGGUCAACAAAAAUUCGAAUGCUAGAAAUAAUUAAAGAUAAUUUAGAAUUAAAGAAUGAACUCUAUUCGUUAAAAGUUGAUUUUUUAACAAUAUUAGAAAAUUUAGAUGUUGUUUCCGAUAAUAAAAUCGAUGGUUUCGCUCAUUCAACACCAAUAUCUGAAGAAGAGAAAUUUAGACGUGGUCUAAGGCGUCAAAGAGCUAGUAUACGUCUACAAAGAGUUAAUAAGAAAAAGAAUUUUCUCCUUUCGAAAAAUCGAAAAAUUCUUCGAACCGUGUCUGAAUCCGAAUUGGAAGCUUCUUCAAUAAAUUGUUCAACUGCCGUUUUCACUAAUUCUAGCGAUGGAGAAUUAGAAUCUACAUACGAAACUGGUCCUAAUUUUAAUCUAGAUACAAGCUCUUCGUAUAAAGAGAGUGACGCCGAAAGCCGGCGCCAAUUAUCAGUUAUGAGGCAGAUAAAUUCCUUAAUUAAAGCAGGAAGUUCUGGUAAAACAAAAGGCCCAAAGGCACCGGCCAAUAGUCCACGAUCUACAGAUCCUAGCUCUAGUAGUAAACAAACAACUCCAGACAAACCAUUUAUUAACAGUACACCAGAUACUCUAGUAAGAACUGUAAUAAGGAGAAAGAAAAGAAUCAGAGGAACAGUGCUGGAAUUUUAGAUAUAUUUUUGGUAUAAAAGCUUAUCAAAUAUUAAAGAAAAGGAAGAAUCAAGCUAAUAAAUCAUUUUUUAAUUAUUUAUCAACUAUUACUAAGUAUUAAGUUGCAAUAAAAACCCAUAAAACCUAAAUUUUGCGAUUGGAUAAGAGAAAAAGAGUCUUAAAAAUAAUAAAAAAACAGAGCUCAAUUCGACGAUUAAUACCGUUCAAACAAGAUUUAGGUGUUAAAGGAUUUAGAGAUUUUUGUAUACUAUUCAAAUACCCUUCCCCCUCCCCACCCUAUUUUCCUGUCGUAUAGUUUCUAAUACUUUUAUAUUUCAUUCUAUUAAGAAAACUUAUUCUUUCUCUUCUGAUAUUUUUUUAAAUAAUAAACAAUUAAAUUAAAUAGAUUCAAGCAAAAGGUAAAGAAACAGCCUUAGACUGUUGUUUCUUUUUCAAUAAUAAGCUCUUUCUCUUCUAUUUUGAACCGAGACCGAGAGACAUAGAGGGAGA